ACGUCAAUAUGAUGUAGAAUAUGAAAUAACUAAUUUUUUGCCACAUGAACAACACGUAAACAGUGUAGACGUCCAGCCAGGCGCACGAGGUGUCUGCACCACAAUUUGAGAAGGCGGCGUCUACAAUGACCUCAUACUCGACUAGUCUACCGAUUGGUGGAGCUGUUUCCUGCUCGGCAUGUUGUUCAUUUGGCGGGAUGCAUUGUCGGUCUGCCCUUAUGAAGUGCGGUGAUUGUGUAUUGUGAAAAGUUACGUCUCGGUCUCUUGUUUUAGCCGAUAAAUGGUAAUGUCUUCUAUGCAUCUGUGAACUUUUAACAAUGUAAUCAGAGAACUUGCAACAAUGUAACACGUUUCAUGGCAACGGAGGCGACGUUGUUGCAGUGUCGGUGGGGAACGUGGAAUUUCUUAUUCGUUACUUUGUAUGCACAUUUCAGGUAGUGUGCAUUUAAAAGUCAACGGUAAUCAGUUUGCUUUUUGACAACUAAGGAAUGUGAAUGCUUCGUUUUAAAAUAUUGGUGGUGUGCACAGCAGAAAUCGCAGAUGUCCCAUUUGUUUAGCACUGUCUGCUAUCGUACAGCACAAUGCAACUGUCAGACGAAUCUAACUGCAGAGAAGUAAAGGAACCUUCUUCCACAUGGCAUCAUCUACAAAGAGGAAAACUAAAGCCAAUCUGCAUCGAGCUGGUAACAUCGCUGACUUUUUCGUGACCCUCACAUCCACAGAAGGCAAUCAGAGACUCGAGAAACAUGCCUCACAUCAGAAGCUCCAACGAAGCCAAAAGGCUGAUGACAGUUCUGGGAAACAGAACUUCCUUUGGACACACAAUGCAAUCACAGGAACCAAGGAGGACCUGGCAACAAACACCUCCAAAAAGGACUGUGUGGCCACAGUCUCAUCUGUUACACCAUUAGGCCUACUGUUGAAAUGCCAUAGAAACAACUCAGCUCAGACUGUGCCAACUGACACUUUGGGAGCGUCAAAAGACAAAGAAGGCACCAGAAGCAUUUCAUCAAAGCAUAUUUUAGUCAAAGGUGUGUCUCCCCUUUCUCAGACAUUAAGCACCAAGUCCAGCCAGUAUGUGGAAGUUGAAACUAUUGGUGCUCGUCCAUCACCUGCAGGUGGAUUGGGCAAACGGAAGCAGCAUCCCCAGCCUUCUAAGUCAGAUGUGAAACCCACUCUGAGUCAGUCUCGCAUGUCAAGCAAUCAAGGCGCCCACUUACCUCACAAGGGUCAGACUGAUCUCCCACGACAACUGCAGAGAAGCCACCAGCCAGAAAGAGCUGAAAAGUUACAUGGUGGUGGUGCCAUAGGUGCUGUUCAACUACCAACAUACAGGCCACUUCAACCUGGCGGACAUGUUUUACAAAACACAAACGACGAUCAGCUGUGGUGUCUUCCCUGGCCGGCAUCACCUCUGUUAAGACACCUGAGACAACCAACACCCAGGUGUCUCUCCGGUGUCUCGCAUCAUGCUGACAGUAACCUUUUAGCGAAGUCGACUACACAGAUAGACAGACGCAGUGUCCGAAGGAAUCUCUCGAUCAAGCCACAGAGAUCGGGAUGGAGAGAAGCCCUGCCAGAGGAUGUCACUGAGCAGCUUCUGGAGGAGCUGAAGGUGGCCAACCCUCUCUUUCCAGUUCAGAAACUAUUCACUGCACUCGCCAAAAAGCGCACAAAACAACAAGAAGAAGAAUGGGUCAACCAAGAAUCAAAGCAAAAUGCACACAUAGCUGGAAUGGCCGACCAUCGCGGCAGGGGCAAGAGGAAGUGGAGGAUUGAGGGACCGGGUCAUGGUAUAUCCCCCAAGAGGCGUAGGACCUACCACCACCACCACACACCAGAGGAGACCACAGCCCUGCCUCACCCUGGCUCCCCAACAGGGUCUCCACUGGUGAUAUCAGAUUACACACCCAGGAGGCAGCAGGCAUGCAGGAGUAGGUUGAGCCGGACGAGAAAGCUUCAGCAACAGCAAGGCAAUAGUGGCAGUACGUAUUUGGCAUCUAACGCUAAUGUGACCAUGACACUGCAAGACAUCUGGAAGAAGGACACAGAGACUUCAAACACACAUCAACUCAAUAAUAAUGAUGAAUGUGUUCGAGAAGAAGCCUUGUGGACGGAAAAAUACCAGCCUUCACACUCUAGUGAGGUGGCUGGGAAUGCUGUUGGAGUGAAGAGACUGCAGAAGUGGUUGAAGGAAUGGAAGCUGAGAGCUGACAAGGAAGAGUGCAGGAGGAGGAAGGAAGAAAUGAGAACGAGGAAGAGGAAAGAAUCUUGGGAUAGUGGGGACUUUGAGGGUGAGAUGGUCACGGAGGAUUGUGAGUCGUCAGAACUGCGUAAUGCCGUUCUCAUCACUGGUCCGCAUGGAAUCGGAAAGACCGCUGCGGUGUAUGCCUGUGCCCAGGAGCUGGGCUUCAAGGUGUUUGAAGUGAACGCCUCUUCUCAGCGCAGUGGUCGGCUCAUUCUCUCCCAGCUGAAGGAGGCCACCCAGUCCCAUCAGGUGGGCUCCUCCACUGGAGUCUCCGUCCCCUCAAAGCCGGCCUACUUCACCUGCCACACCGCUGCAGCUGGCUACUCAACUAAACCCGUCACCUCUUCUCUGGCAGCAGGUAAGACCGAAUUACCCAGCAAGCUUACAACAUCCACUCGUCGACUGCCAUCAAAAAUGCAUACGAAAAGUGCCCUGAAGAGAGGGAAGUCUGUGGAUCUGACACACUUCUUCAAGAAAAAGAACAACAAACCAGAGCAAAUCACUGAAAACGGUCCUGAUCAAGUUAAACAUGCAGGUGAUGAAGGUGAGGAACCAAAAAAUGAGAAGAAUGCAGAUGCAGACUUUUCAGUGAAACAGCAGGAAGUUGAUGCUGAAAUCAAUAAUCACUCACUUCCGAAGACAGGCAGAUCCACAGUCAUGUCUCUCAUUUUGUUUGAGGAGGUUGAUGUUAUCUUCAGCGAAGAUGUAGGAUUUAUUUCUGCAAUCAAGACCUUCAUGUCCACAACCAAAAGACCUGUCGUUCUAACCACCACAGAUCCUUUAUUUGGCGGGACGUUUGAUGGCAGCUUGGAAGAGCUACAUUUUAAGAAGCCCUCCGUGGAAGUGGUUUGCUGUUACCUGCAGCUGGUGUGCCUGGCUGAAAGCGUGAGGACGGACCCUCGUGACCUCUGCUCCCUGUGGUCUGUAAAGUUGGGAGACAUUCGGCAGUCUCUACUCCAGCUUCAGUUUUGGGUGAGGAGCGGAGGUGGUGAGGGGCUUGAAGUUGGGACUCCUCCCGGUCGUCCAUGUGCGAAGAAGUUUCCGGAAGCCCAGGAGGAAUCUGCUGUUGAGGGGUUAAAGGAGCUUGCUGGUCAACCUGCGUGUGGUGGUGUCUGUCCCGAAACACCCCGUGAAGUUCUGGACACGUGGGGAGUGCACCAGCUAGCCAAGAUAUUCAAUGUGACCUCAAUCCAUUACUGGACAAGGUCUGAACACAGAAGAUGCCUGGAAAUCCUGUCAGAAAGCCAGAAAAGAGAGACAAAUUUACUUUACUUGACCAUGGAGUCACUCUUACCUCUGCCAACCACCAUCUCACCCAACCUCAAAGACUAUCUGAUGGUUAUAAACAUAAACACGGAGUCAUAUGAAGACAGGGGGGUCAAGAACCUCCAGAAUCCAUCUCCAUCUUCUUGUGCAGAUGUUGGUAAACCCCCUGGUGGAAAGGACGCACCCAAGCUAAAGAAAAGACGCUGUCUGUCUUUGAAAACUCAGAGGUCGCAGCCCAAGGAGGACACUAAAGGGCGUCCUCACAUGGGGCGUUCCAAGAAGACGACGACUGAGACGCACAUCACAAAGAAAGAAGCUUCUUCUUCUAGCUUGGUGUCUAGGUGUUUAGACAGCCUCGCGGGAUUCCUUGACGACUUGUCAUUCAUGGAUUGCUGCUUACCGCAGGACGGGCACGCAGCAAAGAGAAACGGACAGCAUCGUCUGCCUGGACUGCCUUUUGUCAGGUUAGGAGCAGAACUAAGAGAUGGCAUGCUAGAUGAACUCAGAGAGGAGCAAGAGGAGGACAAUGAAAUGUAUCUGUACAAAUCGACUGAAAUGAGAGCUGCAGUGGAGAGCUUCAGCUUUACAAAUUGCUGUUUGAAGAUGGAGCAGGCCGUGGCGAGGGCCCAGAGGGACCUAGGACAGGAGAUGGGAACAGAGCAGUGGAAACAGCUGCUGGAACAGCUCACCGUACCUCCACCUCCACACAGAGAUGGCCUCCUUUGGGGUCAACCUAACCAAAGUGAAAUGAGUGCUACUGAAAGGCGAGGUGACGUCGUCAAGACAGUUCUCUCCAGCAAAGUAUCCAGUAGACUGGGAAGCAGCCGGGACGUCAUCACCGACUACCUACCCUGCCUGCGCACCAUCUGCAGGUCUGAGAGUCAGCAGGAGCAGGGCAGGACCAGGCACAGACAGCCACACUACCUGAGGAGGAUCCAGAGUGGGCUCUCCAAAAGCACCUUACUGCUCCUGUCUAAUGACUUCCCAUGAUGGGGGGCCAAGCACAACACACCAUACCUCAAUGAAUUCUCAGUGUCUUUUUACAGUACAUAUUUCUAUGUGUAUAUAUUGAAUGUAUUAUCUGUUUUCCUGUAAUAACAUAAUGGACUAACUGUUUUGCAGGACACAAUGCAAUUUUCAAAUAAAUACAAUUUUAUUACUUUUUGAA